GCACCGCCCUGGUGCCGGACCCGCGUGCACGACGCCAGGCUGCUCAGCCACCCCCCCCGCCCCGUCGACGCCCGUCCAGCGCGGGUUCCGGGCGCCUGCCGGCGGCGGGCAAGCCCUCGGACGGCAUGGCCCCGACGUCUGCCUGGGGCAGCGCUCCGGGCGGCGGUGACCCGCGCGCUGGCGCUGCCGGCGAGGGCCUUGGCAGGUGUUCGAGCGCCGUCUGGGUGGCGGCGCGGGAUGCCGGGUGCCAGACGCAGCCGGUGGACCUGGAG